AUGAUUCGUGAAAAGAUAUCGCCUAGUUUAGAUUCCAUGCAAGAACUACAUUUAAAACAUGGUUGGAUACCAGGAUCACAGAGUAUUCGACCCACUGAUGAUAUCAAAGAGAAAAAACAUAACUAUAUUACAAACAUGCUGGAUCGUUAUGUUAGUCUUCAAGAUUUUGUACUGCAUCGAUUUUUUGGAUUGAAAUAUGUGGUUCAAGGAAAUUGGAAUAGUUCAAGAAUGAGCGUAUCUGAUGAAGAAAUUUCUGCAGCUCGAAUCGCUGCUAAAACCGCUUCGAAUACUCAUGAAUUUCGAUUCGUUCCAAAUUUAUUCUCCUAUCAAGUUCCAACUGGUACCAAUCAUUAUGUUAUUUGGUUUCUUUUAAAUGGCGAUGAGCCUAUUGAUCCAACAACACAAUCACCUAUCCUCGAUGAUGAAAUUAAUUCGAGUAUAGAAACAGCACUUGAACAGUUAUUAGGUCCUACGAAUAAUAAAUUUUCAUUUGUUUGGUAUCUCAAUCCGAAACCAACUAUUACUUCUCGUGUUUUAUAUCAUGUGCAAGUCUUUUGGAUACAUUAA